AGGACAACAACAACACCCACUGUACGCAGCGAGACGCCAGCAGCACAAAAUCGCAAUAAAACAAAAGUAUUAAAUCACGCCUAAAGUUAGGUCGACCAUGUCCAGUGCCGCGCGUCCCAGUCCGAGUCGAGUGCGUUGCUGAUCCUGCCAUGAUUCGCGCGAUUUCUGGACCCGCUGCCCGGGCUCUGCGCACUUCUCCCAGAAUCGAAAAGCAGCCAGCGUUAAUUGUGCAGCAGUACGAGUACUGAGUGACUGAGUGUGCCAGUACCCGAAACGCAGAAAAGCGAAAAGCAAAAAUCCAAGUCGCGAGAGGAUGAUGAGAACGCCAGUGCGUGGAUAUAUGGAUAUAGAAGUGGUUACAGAGUUACAGUGCCAGGGAAAGUGCGACGAGCGACAUCACAAAUCGGGAGUGAACAAAGGCGUAGAAACGCGUACAGUGCAUAGAGAUAGAGGCGUUAUCCUGGUUUCUCAGCUAUUCGCCGUCCCUCUCCCACCUUUGCCUGCUCCCGUGCCACGGCCUUGGGCCUGAGCUGGUGUGCGUGCGAAUCGCGUGCCUGUGAGUGUGCGUGAGUGCGGUGCCGUGUGCGUGUGAGUGAGGGAUACGUGUACAUCAGGACAUCGGGAUAAGGACGUCCUGAGCAAAAUGCCGCCAUCCCUGAUUGCCGUGUCCGAGUUCGUGGAGGAGACGCGCUCCGACUACAGCUCGCCCACCACCUCCACCUUCGCCUCCCGGAUGCCCGACUGUCGCCACACGAUUGGCGUCCUGGAAGAGCGAUUGGAGUUUGAUCGGGAGGGUCUAACGAAGCUUAAAAAGGCGGUCAAGGCCAUCCACAACUCGGGAAACACCCAUGUGGACAAUGAGAUGUUUAUGGUGCGCGCCUUGGAGCGGUUGGGCGGCAAGGUCAUCGAACAGGAUGAGCCGGACAUUGGUGCCGCAUUCCUCAAGUUCAGCGUGGUCACCAAGGAGCUCAGUGCGCUGAUGAAGACCCUGAUGCAAAACAUCAACAACAUUGUGAUGUUUCCGGUGGACUCGAUGCUGAAGAGCGAACUGCGGGGCGUCAAGGGCGACAUGAAGCGGCCGUUCGACAAGGCGGCCAAGGACUACGAGGCAAAGUUCAUCAAGAUCGAGAAGGAGAAGAAGGCGCAGGCCAAGGAGGCGGGCAUGGUGCGCACGGAGAUUGACGCAGCCGUGGUGGCCGAGGAAAUGGAGAAGGAGCGUCGCCUCUAUCAGCUGCAGACCUGCGAGUAUCUGCUGAAGUACAAGGACAUCAAGACCAAGACGGGAAUCGAGCUGCUGCAGCACCUUAUUGAGUAUUAUCACGCGCUGAGCAACUACUUCAAGGACGGCCUGCAGACGAUCGAGCACUUCGGCACCUACAUCGGCGAUCUCAGCGAGAAACUACACGAGAUUAAGCAGAAGCAGGACGAGGAUCGUCGCAGCCUGCUCGAUUUGCGAACAGUUCUGCGCAGCACUCCAGAUUUCGAGCGAGUGGACAAUGUGCCGUCGUCGGAGAGCCGAAGUGGGGGAGCUGGUUACUCCCUCCACCAGUUGCAGGGCGACAAGCAUCACGGCGUAACGCGACAGGGCCAUCUGCUCAAGAAGAGCGAGGGCAAGGUGCGUCGCGUGUGGCAGAAGCGACGCUGCCGGGUCACAAGCGACGGAUUCCUCGACAUAUUCCAUGCGGACGAGUCCAAGCCGCCAACGCGCGUCAAUCUGCUCACCUGCCAGAUCAAACCGGUGCCGGAUGACAAGCGUGGCUUUGAUCUGAUUAGCUACAACCGUCCGUAUCACUUUCAGGCGGAGGACGAGGGCGACCAGAAGGCCUGGAUGGCCGUGCUGGUGAACUGCAAGGAGAAGGCGUUGACCAAGGCCUUCCAGCACGCCAAUCCACAGAUGAGUCCCAGUCUGGUGGAGCUGCAGAAGACUGUGAUCCGCUACGUGCAGCUUCUGCCUGGCAACGAUCGGUGCUGCGACUGUGGAUCGCGUAACGAUGUGACCUGGAUUAGCCUAAACUUUGGCAUUCUGGUGUGCAUCCAGUGCUCUGGUGUGCAUCGCGACCUGGGCGUGCACCACUCGCGCAUCCAGAGCCUUACGCUGGACAACCUGACCACGGCCAACCUGCUAAUUGCUCGUGCCAUGGGCAACAGCACACUGAACGACAUUAUGGAGGCCAAGCUGGGCAGGGGCAAGCUGCAGCACGAGAGCAGCAUGGAGGAGCGAUACGACUUCAUUCGUGCCAAGUAUGUGGCCAAACGCUACGUGAUGCGCACCUGCGCGGAUGACAACGACUUGCGGUGCGAUUUGGAGCAGGCGGUGGUCAAUGCGGACAUGAGUCAGCUGCUCCAGGUGUGGGCGGAAGGAGCGGAUCUCACCUGCUGUCUGCCCAGCUCUGAUGCCGGCGAGACGGCCCUCCAUCUGGCCGUGCUGCGCGAAAUGGGUUCUACGCUGCACAUAGUCGAUUUUCUCAUCCAAAAUAUGCCGCCCAAGGGUCUCAACAAAGCCACCAAUCCGGCUGGCCUGCUGGACGUAACCGGAAAGAAUACGGCUCUGCAUCUGUGUGCUCUUCACGAUCGCCGGGAGUGCAUGAAGCUGCUGCUCCGCUCCGGAGCGGACUACGAGCUCAAGAACUCUCAGAACAAGACAGCGCUGGAUAUUGCCAAAGAGAUGGGACACAAUAGCUGCAGGGAGCUUAUUGAAUGUGCCAUUAAGCGGGAGAAGAGCGCCUUCGACCACAUAAACACCGACUGGAAUCUGCCCAACGAGGAUGGUUCCACGGAUUUCAGUGACGACGAGACGGUCAUCGAUGAGCGCUCCAGUUCUAGUCCAAUCGCCAACUGUCCGAGCCGCCAAUUUACGCUGCCCUCGGGUCUGCCCAGCUAUACACAUUCGGCGGGCACUUCGCCCAAACAGCACAUCAGCGUGGGUCAGUAUCUGGGCAGUACCACCAAUGUGGGAGGCGCUGGGAACCCGGGAAACGGCGGCUCCAGUCCCAGUUCCGCCUCCAGCCAGAGCGUCCGUGCGGCGAGAAACAGCCUGAACAUGCAGAGCGAUCUGGGAGGCAAUGUGGUGGGCGCACGGAAGUCCACGUCCACGGCCAACAUGAACUCGCUGAAGAAGCGAACGGCCCCGGCACCGCCGCCCGGCACCCUGGGCAGCGCUUCGUCCAGCUCCUCCUUCUACGGCACUCUGCCUCAUCCGCCACGGCACUCGCAGAACUUCGAUGCCAGCGACAUUCGCGCCAUUAAUCACAAGAACCAGUCGCUGGACGUGGCGUACGGCACGUUGCCGCACCUGCGGAGCGUGGAGAGCAGCCCUCGGGGUGGCGGAGGAGGGUACGAGGGUUAUGGAGUGUCUCAGGAUCCGGGAGGAUCGGGCAACGGAAGCCACAACAGUCUCAUGCCCGCCAUGACGACCUUCGGCCAUAAGCGUUCACCCAGCGGUGAGUCGCUGAACAGAAAUAUCCAUUUGGCGGGCGCCAAGCUGGUCCUGCCGCCCACCGGUGAGUUGCCAACGCUGAAGCACGUGGACAAAUCGGCGCUGACACGGCCAAAGAUUCCCCCACCGGGGCCCCCGCCAGAGCGUGAAAUUUCCAACGGCCAGUCGAACGAGAGCAUCAGUUCAAUGGACGAGGGUCCAGUGGCGCCGCCUCGCAAGCGCAAGCAACACACCAUCGCACUGAGAGUCAGCCAGUCCAGCGAGGAGACGUUGAUUAAUCAGUCGGCCAAUUUCACCGACUACGAGUCCUGGCACACUGACAUGGACAGCUCGGGCGGCGGCCUGGAUCAUUCAGCCGAGUCGAAUGUGUCCUCGAGUGACAACGACCGACUCAACUCGUCGCCAGAUAAUCCAUCAAAGACAGGCGCACCAGGAUCAGGCGGGAAGUUCCACUAUAAUGGUCAACGACGGUGCCGUGCUCUCUACGACUGCGUGGCGGACAACGAUGACGAGCUGGAGUUCAAGGAGGGCGAGAUCCUGAUCGUGCUGAAUGAGCGUACCGACGACGAGAACUGGAUGGAGGGCAUCAUCGAGGGACAGCCGGCGAGGAAGGGCAUGUUUCCCGUCAGCUUCGUGCAUAUGCUGCCCGAUUAAACAAUCCCUUGUUUGUGCUGAGUGUGUGGCUGCGCGUGAUUGUAUAUAGAUAUAUAUAUAGAUGUGUGUGUAUGCGUCUUUUUAAACCCUAAUGAUACAUAAGACAAGUUUUUAUUUAUUACAAGCAUUUUAU